AUGGUGCUCCCUCUAGUCGUUGAUGCUCGCUAUCGAACAAGUCGCUCGGACAAAAUUGACGAGCGACUUGUGGCACUGGAACAAGAACGCGGAUCAAUCAUCUCAAAAGCAAUCCGUAUAGGCUCACUCAAUUGUCCGAGUGAGCUGAUCCCACGCUUCUUCCAACGUGGGAAAGGCAUUGAAGAGCUGCAACUACAAGGAAGUCUACACCAUGUUGAUGUUCCCAUAACUGACCCACUAUACCGAUCACCACAACCCAAACCGUGGCGAGAUGAUGUCGCGGGACAAUACCUUCCUCUAUUACUUCAAGCUCUAGGAGCAACUCUUCCCUACAUACGCUGCUCGACACCAACACUAUCACAUGCUAUAACUAUAAUGGAACCAGAUCACCUUGCUAAUGUUUUCCCCUCACCAAAAUCUCGCACCUACGAACCCAAACCAAACCGAGUCUCUAACCUAGCAUAG